AAUACUACAGAGGUGACAAGGGGAUGGAGGAGGUGACCGAACGAACGAGAUGGUCUUGAGCUUGGUGGGCUACAAUGGACCCGACUAAAUUACGCAGAUUGUUUUUACUUGCGUCGCAUUGCGUAUGUUCUGUCUGUCCCUUUUUUGUGCACGCAUGUAGAAACUAUAAAGAUGACCUAUACUUGCUUUGAAACUGACAAUGAGAUUGAAAAAGAAACUGACAUAUAAAAUGACAUAUUGUCACAUAUUGUCUCACUGAGCUUUGUCGUGCGGUUUCAAGAUUAAGAUAAUUAUAUUUUAAAAACGGUUUAAAAUAAUUAAAUCUGUCUCCGUUUCAUUAGGUAUGUCUGCACAAGCGAAAUCUAUAGCCGGAUCAUUUCGAAACCGCAUGCAAGUCUUUUAUGAACUAGCAGAAGUGUACAAGGGUGAAGCCUUAAGAAACAGAAAACUAAAUCAACUUAUGGAGCUUAUCAAAGAGAAGGCGGAGCGUGCGGCGAAGUCAGAGCUGGCAGCGAAGAUGCGGGUUGCCAAAGGAUAUUACACAUUAGAAAUGGCACCUCCGGCAUCUAUGGGUGAAAUGAAGAAACUCAAAGAAGAGAUCAAUAUGGUUAGAGAGUUUAUAAGUUCCAAAGGACACAACAACCUCACUGUGAAGCAAGCUUGGCUUUUGUUCCUCGUCGGAAUCGAAGUUGGAUUGUGGUUCUUCCUGGGCGAAACUAUUGGAAAGUUCCACAUCGUUGGUUAUAAAGUGUGCCCUUAGGUAACUCAGUAGGUGCUGAGAUGGCUAUUUUCUUCAAAAUUCAGUCCAAAAGGUACAAGUUACGGUUACAAUUUUUGACGCCACACUGCACCAACAUCUUUAGUAUUAUGACUAGCAGCACACAUGCUAGCCAUCCUAGAGGGAGGGUUACAUAUUUUGUAACGUGCCUUUGUCCAGAACGAUAUUCUCAUUUACUUUAACAGGUCCUAAUCAGAUUAUAGUGUAGAUAAUGUAUGUAUGUGUAUGUGUAUGUGUGUGUUGUGUAUGUAUGUGUAGGUAAUGUAUGUCAUAUGAGUUAAUGUAUGUCUGUUUGAGCCUCUAUAAAUUGAUUUAAACGUUUAUACCCUUUAAAUUUAUGGAUUUGACUUGUUGACAAUGUCUUGUUUCUCUCAAUGUUUAAAUGUUUUAAUAAAUUUGCUAAAGUAUAUUGCAA